GCGAGGACCCGUGGUCCUUGUGUGCGUUAGCCUGCGUUCGCUUGGUCGGUGGGUAGGAAAGCCACAGGACGUACCUAGCUGCUAAAGGCUAAUCUAGAGACAUGCGCCAUUGAGCUCGACCAUGGUUCUGCUCGGCACCUUGACUUGAAUGGGCAGCCAUAUUUAGGCCCUUGGGCCUGGUCUGUACCUGGGAGUACACGAGUACAGAUCUAUGGUUCAGUGUCUGCAUAAUGGGAAUUGAAAAACGGCCAUUGAUCAGGCCCCCCAGUUAAACGUCACUUCCGCCACCCCCUUAACAAACCAAGAUGGCGGCUGUGGUGGAGAGAGUUGAUGGAUGUGUUGGGUCGUUGGAUUCGAACACGAUUGCGCCCAGACAGUCGGGUUCUCCCGCGGACCCAUCCCACCAAAAUAACCCGCUGUUGGGAUUACCUAUUGUGGCAAUAGAGACGAUUCUCAACUUUCUUUCUUACGAUGAAAUCAGCCUUCUGCGUUCGGUGUGUAAACGCUUGGACAUGAUCUGCCAGCGUUUGCUGAACCAGGGCUUCCUGAAGGUGGAGAGGUACCACAGUCUCUGCCAAAGGCAGGUCAAAGCCCAGUUGCCCAGACGAGAGUCAGAGAGGAGGAACCAUUCUUUGGCCCGUCAUGCAGACAUCCUGGCUGCAGUGGAGACUCGGCUCUCUCUUCUCAACAUGACCUUCAUGAAAUAUGUUGACUCCAACUUGUGCUGCUUCAUACCUGGAAAGGUCAUUGAUGAGAUUUACCGUGUGCUGAGGUACGUAAACUCUACUCGUGCUCCUCAGCGGGCACAUGAGGUGCUACAAGAGCUGCGAGACAUCUCCUCCAUGGCCAUGGAGUACUUUGAUGAGAAGAUUGUUCCCAUCUUAAAGAAGAAGCUGCCAGGAGCUGAACUCACUGGUCGUAUAAUUGGCACUGUGCAAGUGGCUGGUCCUUCCACCUCCCUGACUACCAUGUCUCUUCUGGCCAAAAAUACGCCAUCCCGCUCAGAGAUGACCAAAGUGCAACAACAGGUGAAAGUGAAUGGUGCGUCCAUGACCGCUCUGCGCAGAGAGAUGCAAGAGAUCCGUGUGAAACAGCUGGAGCAACAGAAACAGCUGCAAGACCAGGAGCAGAAACUCCUGGAGCAGAGUCAGGUGAUGGCAGAGCAGAAUGCACGGCUUGCAGAGCUGGAACACAAGCUCCGAGAGCUGCUGGACAGUAGUGCAGCUGCAAUGGGGGGGUCUCAGCCUGCCUCUGCUGCCCCCUCCACAUCCACCUCCUCCCCUGCAGGUAACGUGGCCACUGUAAUAUUGGCAGGAAAUGCCAGUCCAUCUGUGGCCACAGACCAGGAUAGACCCCUCAAACGCACACGUAAAGGCUCAGAGCUGCCCCGGCACUCGAAACGCCUGCGCAACAAAAAAUAAUAAUAAAAAAACAAAGCCGUUGGACUGAUCACUCGUGUACUCGACACAUCCCCCACCCUCAGAAGUCAUAAGUCCCCCCCUCCCAAGUCAAUGUUCUGUCAUAUUUUCCUGACCACUUCUUAUCGUUUUUGUAUGUGUUUUUUUUCUUUUUGAUAAUUUGGAUGAAAUGUCAUAGAUUGGCAUUUUGCAACUUGUCUUUUGCCAUGUGCAGAAAAGCACAACUAAUCUCUUUUCAUGAUAUUGAAAGAACAACUGCAGCACUGUUGAGAGUACUAUCCUUCACGGUGGUGUGCUUGGGCCACGCGUGAACACGACGGCAUACUCUAUACAGCCACUCUUGGUCUCAAAAUAGUGAACCAAGAAUUCAGUAAAUACAACUAAAUUUUGGGCAUACUGAGGCUGUUCUGUGGAGAUGUCUGUGUAAUCAAGCAGUUGUCAAGGUCUGAUCCAUAGUAAAAGCCAAAGUUAGAGUUUCACUCAUACAACAUUUUGUCCAGUUGACAGAAUUAACUUUGGCUUUUACUAUGUUCUGUGGAGCGCACCAACUAUGUGUGGGACUACCCUAAGAGUCACCCAGCGUUUUGUGCAUGGUCUGUGUCCAGUACCUAAAACCUAAAAUUGACUGAAUAAAAAGGUUACUGCCUAUAGUUCAAAUAUGGUCCCUCUGUACAGCAGCACUACAUCACCUGAAUAUCAUAUGUCAUAGACUUGUUGCCGGUGGGAUUACUUUAGAAGGGUCAAAUUUCUCUUCAGUCUAAUAAUUAAUUUUUUUAUUUUUUUUUAUUUAGAAGGCUUUACUGGCAUGGUCAUUUUGUGAAAAAGGUUGAGAAGCAGUUGACAUAAAUGUGUGAAAACACAGUAUGCAGUCAUAUAUAUAAUCUAGUGUCUUAUUUUGAGACUGCGUCUCAGUUUAGAAAACUGUACUGUAAUCUCUGUAAUUUAAAACUGUAGAUUGUGAAUGAUCUCAUUUAUGUAUACCAAGAAGAAGUAUCUUCAAAGUUUGCCUAUUUGUGGCCAACUGUGAUUUUGUUGCACACUAUUGUUAAAAUGUACAAAUGGGAAAAAACAAAUAAAACAACUCAUCAAUUGAUA